AAUCCGUAAAUGAUAUAUGCGCAGUAUCCCAGGAAAUUUUAAGCCUUGUGGAGGAAUUUGUAGUAGAGAAUCAAACAUGGUCAGAUCAUUUACCAAUAAAACUCAAACUCAAAUUUACUACAGAAAACACUAACAUCAAAAAUCUUAACCUGUUGCCUAAGCUCUUAUGGGAUAAACAUAAUAUAAACAGAUACCAAGAAUGUAUCCAAGAGAAUUUGAAUAAAACUCUGAGUAGGAAAAAUGAAGUUACCUUAGACGAGCUUGGAAACAUAAUAAAAGCAUCAGUAAAAUCUAAAGUGAACAGAAAAGAGUGAAACAAGGUUGCCUCCUGUCGCCAUUGUUAUUCUCGCUCUAUAUAAAUGAUCUACACGAACAUCUAGAAGGAGGUAUUGAUAUUCACAAUAUAAACAUUAGGCUUUUGCUCUAUGCAGAUGAUAUUGUGAUUUUGUCAGAUGAUAUAAAAACGCUACAACAAAUGAUCUCAAACCUGGAAAGCUAUUGUGAAAAGUGGAAUCUGAAAGUCAAUAUGAGCAAGUCUGAAAUACUCAUAUUCAGAAAAGGAGGAAGGCUGGGCAGAAAUGAGAAAUGGAAGUUUAAUGGAAAUGAAAUUAAAAAUGUAAAUGAGUACAAAUACUUAGGAGUCACCUUUACCCCGAAACUUUCAUUUUCAAAACACAUUGAGAAACGAACUAGCCAGUCAAAGAUGGCAAUAAACUCUACAUGGAUUGAUUUCCUGGGGAAGAAAGAUGUAAAUAUGAAAAUGAAAUGGAAGGUCUAUGAGGCUGUUUGUAGAUCAGUACAAACUUAUGCUGCACAAGUAUGGGGAUAUUCGUAUUUUGACGAGGUCGAUAAGUUGCAGCGUUACUUUUUAAAGAAAAUCCUCAAAGUACCAAGUUUUACACCUAACUACGCUCUUAUGCUUGAGACCAAUGUCGAAAAUUGUCACUUAUAUACACUCAAACUAAAUCUAAAGUAUAUACAUCAAGUAUUGUACAGAUACCAAGAACAUCGGUUACCGACAAUAUUAACCAAUAUAUUGCUAGAAAAAGAAGGAUUCUGGGUAGCAAAUAUUAAAAGUAUGGCUCAUCGGUUAAACGUUCAAUGGCCAAAUACCGCAAAUGAAGAUGAAUGGACAUUAUUUAGCAAAUGCAUUAUUGGUAAAGAAAAAACAUAUUUAUUACAGGAAAACUUGAGGCUAAAACAACAAAGCCAAGAUAGAAUUUAUAAACAUUUAGACUAUAGAAUGGGAGAAAUGUACUUUACUGACUCUUUUACUAGCGAUCAGAUUUCAUGGAUCUUUAAAGCACGAUGUGGACUUAUCAAUUUGAAUGCAACCAGAUUUAACACUGAAAAUGCAGAACGUAAAUGUACGUUAUGUAAUCUGAUUCGUGAUGAAACAUUGCAGCAUUUCAUUGGAGAGUGCCCUAUCCUGGCAGAAUUUAGGACGAGUUUUUUCCAAUCCGCAAUACUAUCCGAAGAAGAUGUGAUUAACAUUCUGGAUGGUCGUGAAGCACAUUAUUGGAGACAGCUGGUCAUAUAUUUAAAAAUAUGUUUAAAUUAUAGAGAAUUUCUAAUAUUUGAAUACAACUCAGUAUAAACAUAAAUUAACUUGUAAUCAGAUACGACAGACGGUUUAUUAAAAACCAUUGUCUAUUUAAUAAAAAAAGUA